GAGCGCGGUCACCAUAUACAUUCCGUAUUCAUGCAUUCCAUGCGCGCGUCCCAUACAUACAUAUAAGUAUACACGCAUGUACAUAGUGCCGGCGCGCGCGCACACGCCUUUGAUGAAAUCUAUACGUAGGUGCGCACUCUGCUGUCGUGGAUGCUGAUGGAAAAUCAGCCCCUAGAUAUAUUCCGAAGAAUAGCUAUCCGUCAAUUCAAUUGAUAGAACGUUUUAUGGAACGCAGUCGCUACUCGUAGGCUUGGAGUAACCAUUGAAACGAAGUGACGUCGGCGCGUAUGCGUCACAUAUGCAACUCAGUGUAUAAGGUGUGGUGUCAAGAGAACAGGUGUUAGGUAGCAAGGAAAUAGGUUUGCGUGAAAAUAGGACGAGGGGAGAAAGAGACCCGAACUGAACUCGCUAUGCGAAACGUGUCGGUCUCUGGACGAUGAAGUAGAAGAAUAAUCGGUCGAAUAUGUCGUGGACAACCCCACCUAAAGGUAGUCCAACUCCUCCGAGGGUGGACAGCCCAGGUGGUGGCGGCACUGGUGGUACCGGCGACACCGGCAGCCCAAGAACACCACGCGGUGGCCGGCUGCGUGACCGAGUGAGCUUUUUCGAACAGAUCUGUUCGGCUGGGCGUAGUCCUAGCACUGAGGAUCUUUUGGAGAACGCGGGUGCGCGCAGAUCAUCCUUUAGGUCGCCAAUACAUCAGCGACCGUCUUCCAGAGCGAGCGACUCCUCGUUCGAGGAGAGCUUUGAGCGGCUGGUGGAGGAGGGCGAGUUAAACGGUGCCAGAGUUGUAAAAUUUGAGAAGAUCACCGUGAAAAAGAGCAUACGGGAGAUCAAUCUGGAUAAUGCGAGCAAUGACGACACUGCGAUUCAGCAACGCAUGUUAACGGAGUCCAACAGAACUCCUAGCGAGGAGCAUCCUCUCGAGGAUUCGGCCUAUCAGAGUCACAGUCAUGGUGUGCACAGUCAUGGCAGUAAAUCCAGUUCGGUCACUUCCUUUAUGAGAUUCCCCUCGGAGGAGAGUCUGUCGCAGAGAAGAUGCAGUAGUCCCCGAGUCCAGCAAUCGGGUCCAGAUGAUCGGCCACCCUCCGAGUGGUAUGCCGAGUAUCGAAAUCAGAGUUUCCUGAAUGUCGCAGCGAGAAUUGACUAUAUGCGCAGUAGAAGCGAAUACGACGCACACAUUGCCGAGAUCAAAGACGAACAAGAACGCGUGCAGAAGAAAACCUUCAUUAACUGGAUUAACUCUCAUUUAUCGAAGAGAGUUCCACCACUUCAUAUUAAUGAUUUAAUCGAGGAUUUGAAAGACGGUACGCGCCUUCUCGCGUUACUUGAAGUUCUUUCAGGAGAGAAAUUGCCCGUGGAAAGAGGCCGUAAUUUAAAGAGACCGCAUUUUCUUAGUAAUGCCAACACCGCGCUACAAUUUUUACAAAGCAAAAAGAUCAAAUUAGUUAACAUAAAUUCGUCGGAUUUGGUCGACGGACGACCGCCAGUAGUACUGGGCCUAAUAUGGACCAUCAUUCUGUACUUCCAGAUCGAAGAAAACACAAGGGCUCUCGAAUAUCUUGGACAAACGUGGGGCAGCCAGAGCAGCUUGGAAAGCCUCGGCACUCAAGGCUCGGCAGCAAGCGAAAGAAAACGCAUCAGCAGCGAAAAGUGGAAACAAGGUGCACGGAAAACCUUGCUUCAAUGGGUCACUAAUGCCUUGCCCAAGGGCAUUGAUAUUCAAGUUCGAGAUUUCGGUGAAAGUUGGAGAGAUGGAAAUGCCUUCUUAGCUAUUAUCGAUGCCAUAAAGACCAACUUGGUGAAUAUAGCAGCCAUGAGAGAACUGUCGAACAAAACUCGGCUAGAAACAGCCUUCCAGGUCGCCGAAAUCGAAUUAGGUAUUGCCCGAUUGUUGGAUCCAGAGGACGUGGACGUGCCGCAACCCGACGAAAAAUCCAUUAUGACAUACGUUGCCCAAUUUUUGCACAAAUAUCCGGAACCGGGAAACAUAGCUCCUGAUUCGUUCGCUGCCAUACAAGAAGAAUAUGAUGGUCUUCUUAACUGGCUAAAUGAGAGAGUCAGGCAUCUCGAACAACUUGACAGAAUCAAUGCUUUUCCACAAAGCUAUCCGGAAUAUAUGUCAUUUAAAGCAGAAAAUGAUGAAAAAUUAAUGAUAUACAAAAAGAUGCAAAGUUUAGUCGAUACACUCAGUAUGAUAAGCAUUACGCGGGAUUCUUGGAGACAUAUACAAAUGCUAUGGCAGCAAAUGGAACUAUUUAUGCUACAUUGGUGUUGGUUGUUGGAUUCGGCAUUACCAGGAGAAUUAGGUGAAACUGGCAGGUGGUUGGCGCGAGCCGAAGCUCUCUUGUACUCGGACAACGAUAUACCACAAGAAAUGACGGAAAGCACAGCAAACAUAAUCUCGAACAAGCUAGAGGACCAUAAGAAGUUCUUCCUCGAUUUACCGACCAUGACAGAGAAAUUCCGGCACGCUAAGAACUCGCCAUUAGCACGGCAAAUCCAGUCUGAACAGUUAGAGAACAUGUCCGCGCGAUUUGAUAGCUUGCCGAAUCGCGCUGCUAAGAGGAGAUUGAAAUUAAAGUUCUUAGAGCACAAGUGCUGUUUGGUCGCUUUUCUAUACCUCGUCGAGACCAAGCUAAAAGGCUGGAACAUCAAGUACGGCACGGAAGAGAAAGUGCAUCAAAUGCUGGAGCAAUAUCGUAAUUUUGUCUCUCGAAACAGGAUAUUCCAAGAGUUUCAAAAGGCUUAUUUGGAUAUGCAACAGGUUGCCGAAGAAUACAAGCGCGAUGGUGAUAUUGAUCGGGACGAGAGCUUGAAUGUAGAUCGCUUCAUGCGUGAAACAGCUGAAAAAUGGAAGAAUGUAUCAAUGGACUUGCGUUGCGCCCAAAGCAUGCUCGAAGAAGUUGUCGCUUAUUGGCGUCGUUGGACUACCGUUUCAGAUGAAUUUGAGGCAUGGUUACUUCAUGCCGAGCCUGCUUUGAAUCUUCCUGAGGAAGAAAAGAUGGAGUUCUUCCAAGACAUCAGCGUAUGGAAAGACAAGCAUCAGCAGCUGUCAGACACUGUGAGCUUCUUGAUCGCCACGUCCGAUGAAUCAGUCGCGUUUCGUUUAAAGGAACGUUACGCAAAUCUGACAGCGAGAUGGGAGCAGCUCUUCCAAGAAGCUAAACAGUAUAUGCACGCGGGUGAUCUGAUUCGAACAAAGAAAGAUUAUAAGAUGGGAGUGGAGACUCUGCAAAAUUGGUUAAGAGACGCAGAAGCUGCCUUAUUAAUUACCGGAUUGAACUCGACGGAGCGGAUAAAGGCUUAUGGAGAGAAAUUGCAGACUCUUCAUAAUGAGGUCGAGGGCAUUGAAGAUCUCUUCAAGAAUAUCAGCAAAAAGUUUCAAGCUCUUAUUCAGGAUUUAUCUCGCGACGAAGUCGACAAGAUGAUGAACACUUUAAAAAAAGAGAAAGAAGUACUUGUUAAGGUGCGUGCUUUGAUACCGAUGCAACUUCAUUUGUACCAUCAAUUGCUAGUGCAACAAGAAUCCUUAGAAGCAGGACAGAAAGAGAUAUCGGCAUGGCUGGACGAGUUCGAAAACUUUAUGGCCAGCAUUAAUCUCGCUGAUGGAAGGGAUGCUGCACUGGCUCAAUUAGAUCGUCAUAAAGCCUUCCUCUCGAGAAUGCUCUAUUAUAAAUCCAUGUUAGAAUCUAAAAAUAAAGUGUUCGCCAACAUUGCCAAAACCGUGGGUUCUUAUGCCGAUGCGGAGACAACCGAGGGAAAAGCUACUCUGAAAGAACUCAAUGAUCGAUUUGUUAAAGUUUCUCAGGCGGCACAAGUCUGGGAACAACGUUUGCAAGAAUCGAUGCGACGCUGGACAAAGUUUAAGGAGUGCGAGCGACAAAUCACCGAGUGGCUUUCAGUUGCAGAGACAAUGCUCAACGACAAACAUCUCGACAAUCGUCAAUCCGUCGAGUGUCACAAAAAUUUCUUUGGCAAGAUCAACGAGAAAUGGAUACAAGAUCUUGUGAAUGCCGGUCAAGAUCUCCAGAACACGUUGCCAGUUGACCAACAGUUGCCUAUCGCGAAUACAGUGGAGGCUCUUCAGAAUCGUUGGAGGGAAGUUCUCACUUUCGCGCCGCUUCAUCUAAUGAAGCUUGAAUUUCGCUUGGAUGAGGCUAGCUUUCUUCAAUACCUCAAAGAAAUUGAAAUGGAAAUUAAUUCCGAACAGCAAGCGCUCAUUAAUAACGAUGAUGUGGAUGGUAUUCAGCAGCGCAAUAGAGAGUUCUUCGUGAACCGUGGUACUAUCCUCGAAGUCGAGCGUUGCCUACAAAUUCUGAAGAAGAUCAGCGACGCUUAUAACAAACUUAAGCCGAAAGAUACUAGUCUGGUUAACGCCGCACAAAACGCCGAACGUUUGUGGGAAGAAACUGCCCAGAAAGUGGAAAACUUGAGAGCACAGCUGCGCGAAGUUCCGCAACAAUGGGCAGCUUACAGACAGAAAUUCGAUGAAAUGGUACAUUGGAUGGAUCAUGUUGAUAGUACUCUGAGAACUAUUUUACGCGAAGUCAACACUCUAGAAGAAUUUGAAAAGGAAAAGACCAUAUUCCAGAAAAUUUGCUGCGAAGCCGAUAGCAAGCGCGAAGAAAUGAAGUGGCUGGUUCAAACUCUCGACAAUCUAACAUUGAAUCGUUCGGACCGCGAUGCACUCACGGCGCAGCAAAAUUUGGAACAGCUGAUAACUCGUUAUAAAAACCUUAUACCGACGAUUGAAAUCACAAUGACAAAGACAGACAUCUAUUCGAAAAGUUAUACCUAUCGAAAGGAAGUGCAUGAGGUGUGCAUUUUGUUGCGCAAGGUUCGCGAACAAUCAGAAGUCGAGAUUACGUCCGAAGUUCCUGAAAAGCUAGAAAACGCGGUAGCUCAUCAGGAAUCUCGUCUUAAUCAAUUAGAGCAACAGCGAGCGACCGUUGUCAGCAUGUUACAACGCGGCAAAGAUAUUCUCAAGGAUCAGCACGCGCCAUCCUUUGUUUCCUCCGAGAUUCAACAGCUGGAAGCCAAUUGGAACGACACGUACGGUCAAAGUAUGGAAAGACUAAAAUCUCUGAAGGAAUCACAAAAACUCUGGAGUACCUACCAAGAGCAGAAGGACGAAAUUUCCAAAUUGAUUGAGCAAGCCGAGAAAGAGUUGCGACAAAUUGACUUGACAUCUUAUUAUGAUGCCAUUCAAGUAACCGCUGAUUUGCAGAAAAAACAGGAAUUCAACGCGAAUUUGAGAAAAUCAGCCGAAGAAAUAAUGAGGAAGCUGCGCGAAACGCAUACUAAUCUUUCUCAAACGCUGACACUCGCACCGCCAAGUAAGAAGGAAAUAUUGGAAAAAGAAGUGACAGAAACUGAGCAGAAAGUGGAACACACACUAAAGAUCGUGCGUGAAAAAAUUGUUUAUCUUGAAGAACACAGUACUCGAUGGAACAAAUUUCAAUCAAAACUAAUGGAGCUUCGAACCUGGAUUCAGCAAACCGCACCUCAAUCAAUCGCAGAUAUCGAAGAUUCCACCCCUUCGCCUGAAGAAAGAGUUCGUAAAACGGAUAAUUUACAAAAAGAAAUAAAGGAGAAAGCGUUAGUUUUAAACGUUCUUAAAGACGAAUCUCGAAAACUUCUAAAAAAUGACGAUGAUGAUGUACCGGCGAAACAACUCCGCGACGACAUUGAAAAUAUAUACAAGGCAGUUGAAUCGUUAAACAAAAGUAUAGUAACGCAACGUGAAUUAGCUGUGCAAAAUCUCACCACAUGGAAAGAAUACGAAGAAGGUAUUCGAAAAGUAAAACCUUGGAUUGAAGAAGCGGAAUGUAAAGCAGCUACGAUGGGCAGCAAACCUACAACUCUUGCCCAAGCUACGCAAAUGUUAGAAUCGGCUAAAACUUUUGAAAUUCAAUGUCAACAGCAUCUUCCGAAGGUUCAAAGUUUAUCAAUGAUUAGUCAGCAAAUAACUGGAAGAGCAGUGGCAUCUGAUGAAGUUGAUGCUGUAUACACACGAUGGAAUGCAGUUCAUGAUGUGGCGGUGCAAACGGUGACUAAAUUGGAUAAAUUAGUCGCUUCAUGGAAUACCUUUGAAUCGGAAGCGAAAGAAUUCAACGAAUGGUUGCAGAAUAGUGAAAGAAAAGCUCUUGAAGAACCGAACGUUCAAACACCCGAAGCUGCCAAAUUGGAAAAAGAAUUGGUAAAAUUAAAGGAGUUUAACAAAAGCAUAUCUGAUCACCAGGCUCAAUUAAUAUCACUUACCCAAGUUUCCGAUCAUAUCAGUCAUGGUUUGUCGUUGGAUGCUGCUUCUGUGCUGAAAAGUCGGGUCGCCGAAAUGAAAACUAGAGUGAGCAAACUUGCGGAUACGGUUCGACAUCACAUUAAUCGUGUCUCUGAUUCGUUGUUGACACGACAGGAGUUCCAGAUGAAAAUUUCCGAUUUCGAGAAUUGGAUGGGGAGGCUGAGAUCCAAUAUUAACGAGAUCGAAAACGUAAAUGUAGAUAAUGUCGAUACUAAUUUGCAAGUAGUGCAUGCUUAUCUUCAAGAACACUCGGAGAAACAACCAACAUUUACGGCAAUAUAUAAAGAAGUGAAGCAACUAUCGUCACAAGGUUCUGUGUUGGAAGCUGCUGCAUUGGACGAAACUUACACGUCCCUGGCAAAGAAAUACAAAGCGCUAGAAGAUGACUUGAGAGAAAAGAAAAAGAGUUUGGAAAAAUGGACUGAACUGUUAAGUUGGCACAAUGACGCCAACGCGCAAUUGAAUCAUUGCAAAUACGAAGCUGAAGCGAGAAAACCGGCUAUUGCUGAUCUUGAGAGGCUUUCUUUAGAACUUCAAACUAUAUAUGCAAAGAUCAACACUUGGAAGGAACAUGUUCCGCUAAUGGACAGUACUCUGGGAAUACAUAUUCGCGACAAGCAAGAAAGACCAAUUACUGCGACUAUUUUAUUGAACGAUCUUGAGUCUAAAGCCUUAACAUUAAAGACGGAUUUGUCUACCAAACGCGACAAGUUGGAGAACCUUGGUGCUAAAUGGGAUAAUUUCAGGAAACUACAACAAAAGAUUACGGAGGAAAUUAUCAACACUCAAAGCAGUCUACAGGAUAUUACGUAUGCCGUUGACACUUGCAAACAACUCGCGCCGGCGAUUGAGAAGAUUGACGAUCUGAUCAAAGAGCAUCAAAGACGAGAGCCAGAAAAGGAAAUCCUUCAUCGAGAAGGUGACAACUUGAUAAAGGAAGAUCAACGAGCAAUAACUAAUAUUCAAGUGGUGAUCUCUUCGGUCGAAGGUAACUGGGAAAAAGUCAACGAGCUCUUGCAUAAGCAAAGAAGGCAAUAUGCUGAAAUGGAUGCCGAUUGGAAACAAUAUCAAGAAGCCAAGGAUAAAUUGAACAAGUCUAUCGACGAAGCGAAAAAUCUGUGCGAGUUGGUAAAACAUGUGUCAACUGACAUCACCCAGGCGAACAUGGCUUUAGAUAAAUAUAAAAGAGCUUUGGAGAGCUUAAAGAAAGGUAAACAAUUUCUAGAUAAAAUGGAUGUUAAAGCGCAGCAGAUAGCGAAGGAAACAUCUUUAAUGCCGAAUUUUAAAACUAAUGUGAUCGAGUCGGAUUUGUCCGAGAUACGAAAAAAAUAUCACGAGAUUUACGCCAAAGUAAUUGAUCGAACUCAAAUGUAUGAAACGCAGGCCAUUAUCUGGAAACAAAUUGAAGAAGCAAAAUAUCAACUUACAAGAUGGCUUGGUGAUACGAACGAAGCACUCAAUGCGGUCUGCGAAUGUUUACUCGAUGCUGAAAACGGACAAGCGCGAUUAGCUAGAUAUAACGAAGAAUUGCCAACGUAUCAGCAACUUCAUCAAGGUAUCGCCACGAAAACUGAACAGCUCGUAAAGUUAAACGAUGAUACGGAUAUACCGACAUUGAGAUCUCUUAAUACUUUAUUAGACGAUCAAUUCAAGGUUAUUAAAGAGACUGCGGAUAAGCUUGCAUCACUCACAUCAGUUUUUAAUGAGAAGAAGAAAAGUAUCAAACAGGAAUUGAAAAAAUGCAGUGACAUGAUAUCGAAAAUCCGUGAGGAGAUAAUUAAAUGCGACGAUUUGACUGGUGACAAUACCAAAAUUCUACAUAGAAUUAAUAAAUGUCAAGAAUUGAAAGCUGAAGUGGAAAAAUGCGAUUACGUUAUUUCGGAAAUUGACGAGAAAUUGUCAAAAAUGGCAUCAGAGUAUCCAGUUAUAUCAAAAUCCAAUUUGCCAAAAGAGCUACAGGCCUUACAACUUCGCAAAGAUGGUGUGGCCAGUCAUGCCGAUAAAGUCAACGCUACCUUAGUAGCCUUUUUAACAAAACUUUAUCACGAGAAGUUUGGUAUUUUACAGCGCAUGGUGGCGACUCAUAAGGAAAAAGUGGCGUGGUGUGAACCUGAACAGAGCAGCGAUCGUUAUAAUCUCGAAGUAAAAAUGACCUCGCUGACCGAUGUUGAAGCUGGCAUUGCCGAUUGCGAGGCGAGAAAGAUAGAUACAGACAAUUCGUUGAAACUUCUAAGCACUGUUGAGAGUAGCGAAAUUAUCUCUUCCCUGAGAAAUGAACACAACAAAGUUGCUGCUGAUUUAAAAUCUUUAAAAGAAAACUAUUGGAAGAUCAAGUCUGUGCUGGAGCAGAAUAUUGAUUUAUGGCAACGAUACGAACGCGUGUCGGAAAAUGUUAUUUCCUGGCUCAAAGAGUACGAGAAUAAAAUUAGGAUGGAAGCUACUACGCUCCUGAAUCCAGACGAAAUUAGUGCAAAGAUUUCCGAGAUAAAGCAGCUCGAGACGAAAGUUAAGGAUCACGAGAACGAGAUAAAGAAUCUGAUCGCGCUUGGAGAAGAGAUUACCAAAGUUAGCCCGGAUUCGCGCGUGGCUCAAUAUGUGGGACAUUUAAAUACGCGUUAUUAUUCAGUUCUCAAAUUCCUGGCUCAACAUUUAGAUAGACUCAAGGAACUGAAACAGAUCAAGGAUCAUUACGUUACCAACGUAAAGGAAUUGGAAUCAUGGCUGCAAAAUGCGGAACAGAAAUUAAAAUCUUUUGAUGAGAUUAGCGGGCCAAAGCCAAUGACAUUUUAUCAAUCCAAAUUAAAAGAAUUAAAAGCAUUUGAAAAGGAACGUGAAACUGGACAAGCCAUCUUGAAUCGAACGACAGAAACGGGUGAAAUGCUUUUCGUGAGAAUAACACCAGAUUACAGGGAACUUAUUAGAAGUGAGCUCAGAAACUUACGCAAUCGCGUGGAAGCCCUCACCGAUCGUACAAACGUGAUCUACAAAAAGAUUGAGAGUGACAUGAUGCAUCGAUCUUCAUUCGAGGACAAGUAUUCUCAGAUAAAGCAAUGGAUAAUUGAAGCACAGAAAAAGUUGGGGGACAAGCAGAUUUUGCUACCGACAUUGCAAGAAAAGAAACUCGCUUUGCAUUUGUAUAAAACUAUCGCGCAAGAUGUUGGAGCUCAUCGAAAUAUUCUGCAACAACUUCGGGAUAAGCUCGGAACGACACCGGAUGAUGAGGCUAACGAAAUGCUCAAUAGUAUUAUUGAAGCACACGAGAAGCUAUCCGAAGAUGUGGCAGAUCGCAUCAAUGUGGCAGAGAAACACGUUGCCAAUCAUGAAGCUUAUUUUCAAACGUUUGAAAAAACUCGAGAUUGGAUCAAUACGAUAGUGAAUGAGAUGGCGUCUAUCGGCGAGGAUCUUUCAAUAGAUCGAGACAUAGCUAAAUCUAAGAUUGCUUUAAUUGAAAAUGUAUUGCAACAAAAGUCUGAAGGCGAUAGGAUUAUAGCCGACUGUAAUCAGCAAUUGAAUAUUAUUUUGGAGCAAACGUCGAUAGCGGGUCAUCCUGCAUUACUAACAAGCUUUGAGCAACAGAAAAAAAUAUGGGAAGAUUUCCUUCAACGAUGCAUCACGAGCAAAAAUAGAUUAAAUCAUUUAUUCGAUCAAUGGUCUGAAUUUGAAAGAACGGUUGAACAUCUAGAUUCCUGGCUUAAACUGAUCGAGACUCAAGUGAAGGAUCAGAGCUUGAAAAGUUCCGAGGAAACAAAACGUGCACAUUUACAGAAAUUAAAAUCUUUAGAAGAGAUUAUUGUGGCGAAGGGUGCGGAGAUCAACGCAAUGGUUGAAAAAAGUCAAUCUGUAGAAGCAGACUUGGCUACCAGGGUGUCUCGUCAAGCUACCAGAUAUCAAGCCAUCAGGAAUCAGGCGAAGGAAGCUAUAACGAGAUACGAACAAUACAUGAAAGAGCAUAGUCUAUUUAAUGAAAGAUACAAUCAAUUUGUGGAUUGGAUCACCGAGGUUCAGAAUGAGUUAAAAAAAUACAGCGAGAUUGUCGGUGAUAUGGCGAUAUUACAAAGUAGACAGAAACACAUCAGAGAUCUCAGUGAUGUCAGAACUCGCGAGAAUGUUCGUUUUGAAUCCAUUGUUGAUCUCGGCGAAAAGCUUUAUGUACACACUUCACCGGACGGUAGAGAGAUAAUUAGACAGCAGCUGAGAAAUCUGCGUAGUUUAUGGGACGGCUUCUCCGAAGAUCUGCAGAAUUCGACGCAAAAGUUGGAUCAGUGUCUGAUGCAGUUUGCCGAGUUUUCUCUGUCUCAAGAACAAUUAACGGCUUGGUUGCGAGACGUCGAGCGCGCGAUGCAUCAGCACACCGAAUUAAAAUCCUCGCUGGAGGAAAAACGCGCGCAAUUACAGAAUCACAAGAUUAUGCAUCAAGAGAUCAUGUCGCAUCAGACGUUAAUCGAAUCGGUUUGCGACAAAGCACAACAGUUGGUCGAUCAGACUAAAGAUACUUCUUUGAACGUCUACUUGCAGUCCAUCAAGCAGCUAUUCCAAAAUAUUGUUAUCAAGUCGCGAGAUUUGCUAGAAAAUUUGGAAGACUGCUGCGAGAAACAUCACCGUUUCAAUCUUCAAUGCAAAUGUAUCUCCGAUUGGUUAAAUAGAGAACGAGAAAAGCUGAUCGAAUACAACGACGUAACGGGCGAACGAUCCGAAAUCUCUCGCAGAUUAACGAGCUUAGCGACAUUAAAAGGCAAUCAGGCGCAGGGAGAAGAACAUCUCAUGAGAUUGAAACAAAUCAGCGAGGCUGUGAUUAAUAGUACAGCAGCAAAGGGUCGAGAAAUUAUAGAUAAGGAAGUGACCACCUUGGAAAAUAAUCUGCAUCAAUUUCUAAGCGAUAUCGAAUCUGUAGAGGAACGACAAAAAGCAGCUUUGGAGAGAUGGCAGAACUUUGAGGAUCAGUUGGAAGCUCACACAAAAUGGUUCCGUUCCAUGGAGGCGAUAUUCCGAGACCAACAACUUCAACCCACAUUGAAAGAUAAAGAAGCGCGACUUCGCGAAUGUAAAGAGAAUCGCGAAAUCAUCGCACGAAAAGAACAGGAAAUAGACGAGUUUGUGGAUAAGUCACAUAGUUUGCUACAGUCAAGUAAUGUCGAACGCAUCAAACCAUUAAUUUCUCAAGUUAGCAACAGAUAUCAAUUGCUGCUUGUGCUCAGCAAAGAAGUGAUAAAUCAUUGCCAAGGUAUCGUAGACGAUCAUCGUGCUUACGAAGAGAAACUGACAGCCAUCGAUAUUUGGCUUACACCUCUUGAGAAAAAUCUAGCCAUCUUGAAAGAAGAUGAGAUCAGCGCGGAUCUCGAAGCUAGGAAUUCGCGUUUGCAAGUUUUAUUAGCCGAAAAAGAACAGGCUGAACGUCGUUUAGACAGUCUAACAUCUCUCGGAGAAAGAAUUCUUCCAGACACUUCCGCUCAAGGGCGUGAAACAAUUAGACACGAAUUGAGAGAUGCUCGUGAACGAUGGGAUCGCUUAGCCGAAGGCAUUAGCGAGCAACAGAAAAAGCAGGAUGCUCAAUCCUUACAAUGGUUCAGUUAUCAAGAAACUAUGCAACAAAUUUUGACUUGGUUGGACACGAUGGAACGUGCCGUUAAGCAAGAUUCUUCGAUUGUAUGGUCAUCUUUACAAGAGAUAAAAUCGAAGCUACUUAAAUUAAAGACAUUACAUCAAGAGAUUUUAGCUCACAAACGCAUUAUCGAAGGCGUUUCCGAAAAAGCCAACGCUUUGAGACAAGUCACUCAAGUUCUAUCGGAUGUUCAAGAAAAAGUGCUUUCCGUAUCGAAAAGAUACGAGAAAUUAAUAGAUACAUCCCAAAAAGGAAUAUCAAAUUUAGAGACAUUGCUCGAUAUUUUUCAACAAUUCCAUGAUCUUCAGAAAGCUUAUCAAGACUAUCAAAAACGUCAAUGGGAACGCUUAGCUAAUUAUAACGAUUAUACCGGAAACAAAACUAUUCUUCAAGCCAGAUUGGCUAAAGUUAUAGAGAUACAAGACAGUCAAAGCGAAGGUGAGAUGAAGUUGAACGUUCUUGAAGAACACGUGAUACAAAGUGUACAUAUUUUACCAUCACGGUCCCAAGAAUCUAUGGAAAGAGAUUUGGCCAAUCUAAGAUUCGAGAAUAAGAAAUUCGCCACAGCCGUAUGCGAUACGCUACGUUGCAUCGAAGAAAGAAUACAACAAUGGAGUGAAUAUGAAAAUUUAUUAGAACGUCUACUUGCUUGGCUUACCGACGCCGAAACAUCGUUGAAGAAUUAUAGCCUGAAAAACACACUCGAGGAAAAGCAGGAGCAGCUUGAAAAAUAUCAAUCAUUAAUCGUGAAUCUUCGGCAAAAUGAGGCUGAAUUCGAUAAAAUGAGCGACGAUUCGUCGGAAUUGAUGCAGAUUAGUGGCGAAACUAGAUUUUCUGUCAGCGUUCAACAAGUGACAUCACGUUUCCAAUCGAUUCAGGCAACUGCUAAGGAACUCAUAAAGAAAUGUGAACAAGCAGUCGUAGAUCAUGCCAGUUACUUGGAUCGUUAUAAGCAAUGCUCCGAAUGUCUAGCAAAUGCAAGAGCACGUUAUCAAUCCAUCAAGGAAAAUGCUAAUGGUACUCGUCAAGAGCUGAUCUCGAACGUCGAUACUUUGAAGGAACUUUUAUCUCGUCAGCCUUCAUCUACGCUUUUAAUAAAUAGCACCGUCGAAGCUGGAGAACGAUUAUAUCCUACGACCGGCACGGACGGCCGAGAUAUCAUUCGUCAGCAGCUGCUGGAUCUCCAACAAGCCUUCGAAGAACUCUAUGACGCUAUUGCUUCGACCGAACGUGAAUUACAAGCGAAGAUCUCACAAUGGUCCGGUUUCAAUGAAUGUAGCGAGGCCUUUGAAAGCUGGCUGAAGAUCACAGAGGCUCAAUUAAAGUCGGAAAUCGAACUGAAAACUACCCUGGACGAGAAACGCGCCCAGUUGCAAAUCUAUCGCACUAUAUUACACGAUGCUCAAACGCAUCAGCAAAAUCUGCUAGAUCUUCGUGACAAGGCGGAUAACUUACCCGAUCGCACUGACAGGAUCGAUCAAACGCUGAACAGUUUGACAAACAGAUACGAUACGUUAUUAAAACGCGCGACUAAAUUCGUGGAAAGAUACGAAGGUAUAGUGAGUGAUCAUCAGCAGUAUAGUAAAUCUGUUUUAGACACGCACGAGUGGUUGGAUGCUACGCAUAACGCCAUAAAUCUCUGGGGUGACGUGGAGCUGGAGAGAGUGUCUUUACACACGAACUUAGAUCGUCUAAAAAAUUUAUUAUAUAGUUUGCCAGAAGAUGAGUCGCGAGUUCAGCAAAUCAGAUCUUUGGGUGAGAAAGUAAUACCAGGCACUCUGGAAUCAGGACAGAUAAACAUUCGUUCGCAGAUCGAUUCCUCGCAACAAGAGUGGGAAGGUCUGAUCUCUGCCGUUAAAUUCACCAUCGAGGCGUUGGAAAAUAAGCUUCAACAAUGGAACGAGUUUGAAACGUUAAAGGAGCGAUGUCUAGUGUGGAUGAGAGACACCGACACAAAAUUACACGCCAUCGAUCUCAAAUCUACUUUGGCAGAGAAGAAAACUCAACUUGAGAAACUGCGCGCUCUUCAAGGUGAGGUUCGCGCGAAGGAGCUGGAAAUCGACGCUGUUGCCGAGCGAGCUCAGCAGCUUCAUAAGAACAUUACUUCCCGCACUUCUUAUAUAUCAGAGCUGAGUAUCAAGUAUCAACAGAUUUCUAGCAAGGUAAAAGAACUUAAUAACCGUUGGCAUCAAUACGUCACUACGCAUCAAGAUUUUGAUACUCAAUUGGCAGAGUGCACCACGUGGCUAACAGACAUCAAGAAUAAAUUGGCAUAUUGCUCCGAUUUAAGUGCAUCCUCGCAGAAAGAUCUGGAGCAAAAGAUGGAUAUCGUGCAAGACUUAUUAUUGUACAAAGAAGACGGUUUUGCAAAAGUUCAGAGUAUCAUUGAAUUAGCCCAGGCUGUUUUAGCAAAUACAGCUCCAGCUGGUCAUCAAACGAUUAAUGAUGCUUUAGCGAAACUUCAGGAACAAUGGAGUGCCUUGGCGUCGAAGAUGUUAGAGACAAAAACGAACUUGGACGACUCAAUAAAUAAGUGGGCCGGUUUAUUAGAGCAGAUACAAUCUAUCAAUAAUACAGUGGAAUAUAUGCAAGCAUCGGUUGACGAAAUCUCGCAGUUCCAGACUACAAUGUCGGAGAAGAGAAGUCAAUUGGAGCGAAUCAAGGUGCUCGAGGAAAAAAUUCGUUGCGAGAAUAUCGAAGUCGAUGGUCUUAAAUCCAAGGUCAAUGAAAUGAUCGCGAGCAGUCAACAAAGUUUGGCUGCCUCGCAGGCUCAAGACAUCCUUAACAAAUUCGACGAACUUUUCGAAAAAAUCAAAUCUUUGUUGGCCGAACGGCAAGAACAGUAUAAGGAUCAUCGUCUUUACAAAGAAGCUCAUGACGAUCUUAUUGGCUGGCUAAGUCGAGCUCGCGAGAAAAUACCAUCUAUGAAACAGAAAUCACUCAGCGAUAAAUUAGCGAUUGAGAACGCAGUAUUGCCACUCGAGAGUUUAUUGAACAAGAAAGCUCAGGGCGAAUUGUUGGUGGAGCAUUUACAACAUACCGGAAAAGUUGCCUGCGCUAGCACCAAUCCCGCUGGGCAAGAAAUUAUCAGAAACGAAAUACGAGCACUGACGGAAAGUUUCGAAGGACUGUUUAAAGAAAUUCAACAGCAAAAGAAUCAACUGGAAGCUACUGUAAGUCAAUGGCGUGAUUAUAAAGACGAAUACGAAAGACUCAGCGAUUGGUUGCAACAAUUCGAUAUUCUCAUUAAAGCUCAGAAAAAUGCUCUUUUGCCAAAUCUAGAAGAGAAGAAAAAGCAGGUGCAGGAAGUGAAAAAAUUGCGCGAUGACUUGGCAAAGGGUCAAGAGCAAAUCGAUAAGUUCAAUAAAACAGCUGCUGGUCUACUUUCAUCUCAUUUAGACACUUAUGUUAAUAAUCAGCUGCGGCAUUUAAAUUCACGUUAUCAGGUGCAAAUGAAUCUCGCCAAAGACGUAUUGAAUAAGGUCGAGACUAAUCUGGCUCAGCAUCAAGAGUACGAGAACAAUCUUGAAAAAGCCCGUGAUUGGAUUAAGAAUGCCAAGCAGAUCGUACGUCAAGGAACAGAAGCAGCCUCGAGCAGCAGUCGUGAAGAAUUGCAAAGUAGACUCAAUAAGAUCCAGGAACUGUUGAGAAAACGCGAAGAAGGUCAGAAUCUAGUACAUCUGACCGUGAAUUGCGGCGAGAAGAUCAUGAGAAACACUCGGUCGGACGGUCGUGAAGAAAUUAACACCCAGUUAAAGGAAAUUCAAAACGACUGGGAACGACUGGUAAAGAAAAUCUCAACUACAAAGGUACAUCUUGAAACGAGUCUGCUACAAUGGGCGGAUUACAGUUCCUCAUAUUCGCAAUUGCAACAAUGGAUCAACGAUCGCGAAGCCAAGUUGCAGCAGGUAUGCGAACAGAAAGUCUCCAAAGCUCGAAAAGGUUUAGCCGGAUUGAGUUCUUUGGCGAUCGGAGAAAGAAAAGCGAAUUUACGACAAACGAACAGUAUCGUGCAGGAUAUCGUGGCAUUCGAGCCUAUAAUUCAGUCAGUCGCCACAAAGGCUGAAGAUUUGCAACAAGCGACGCCGGCUACAGAAAUCUCGAUUAAAUAUGAAACACUGAGCAAGCAAGCUCAAGAACUAUACGCAAAACAGAAAGAGACUGUCGAGCAGCAUCAGGCCUUUAUCGACAGCGGCAACGAAUUUAUUCAAUGGAUACGGGCAGCCAAAGAGAGACUCAGCAAGUGCUCAGAGCCUACAGGGGACAAGGAAUCCUUGGCCAGUAAAAUCACGCAGCUCAAAGUUUUACAAAGUGAAUGUUCCGAAGGCCAGAAAAAAUUAGAGAAAGCUCUGGAACAAGGUAACGCCGCCUGUCAAAUCGCAGAUGCUGAAGACAAAGAGAUAAUCGAGGAAGAAGUGGCGAUAUUACAAGAAGAAUACGAUAACUAUGUAGAUUCGUUGAAUAAUACGAAGAGUUUGCUUGAAGUCGGCAUAGUGAAAUGGACGGAAUAUGAAGAUCAAUUCUCCGAAGCUACAGAAUGGCUUACGCAAACUGAGCAAUUAGUUCAAACGUUUAAUAAAUUACAGGAUAGUCUUGAAGAAAAGAAAAAUGUUCUCGAACAAUUCCAAGUUCAUUUACAGACAUUGUUUGAUUGGCAGAAAGAAUUAGACCGCUUAAAUAUGAAAGCUCAAAUUCUGCUGGAAACAUGCGCCGAUACGCGAAUUUCUAACGCAAUAACGCAACUCACUACUAAAUAUAACGCACUAUUGUCUCUCGCUAAGGAAAUAAUGCGGCGAUUGGAAUUGCAUUACCAGGAGCAUCAACAACACAAUACUUUGUAUCAAGAAUGCCAAGAUUGGAUUGAGCGCACGCGAGACAAAUUGAGCGAAUGCAAAAGCAUUCCUAGUACAUUGACUGAGGUUAACAAUAAAUUACACACGUGUAAAGCUAUUCGACAGACAUUGGAACAAGGACAGAAUAAAUUGCGUUACGCUUUAGAAUUGAAAGAGAAAGUCAUUAUGAAUACCGAACAAAACGGUGCGGCAAAAAUUCAAGAAGAUACUGAAAACUUGAAGAGCGAAUUCGAUAAGUUAUUGGCCGAUGUUGAAGAUGUUAGACAAAAAUUAUCAGCAAGAACGAGUAUGUUGGAAGAGCUCAACAAGAUUCACCGACUCAUCUCAGACUGGUUGGAAGAAAUUGAAGGCAAAGUUCAACCAGGAGACGUAUGCAGAAACGAUCUCAGCGAGAAACGCGCUCUAUUGGAAAAAUAUAAAAUUUUGCAAAAGGACAUUUACAGUUAUGGUGAAACGAUAGAUCAUUUGAAGACUCAUCUUAAUGAAAACCCUAGUAUAUCAAAAAGUCCUUACGAAUCGGCAAUCAAUAAAUAUGACAAUUUGAAGAAAUUGAUUUCCGAAAAGAUUCGUAAUCUGGAGAAUCAAGUCAAGGAUCAUGAGAGAUUCCAACAGGCUUUGAACGAGAUAAAUGACUGGGUGCGUCACACAAAGGUCAAGCUUCAGCAAUACAGCGAUACUCACGGCGAAAAAGAACAAAUUAUCGAACGAGAAAAUAAAGUCAAUCAGAUUAUCUCGUCUCUGCCGAAGGGCGAUACUUUAAUUUCGAAGAUGCUGGAGUUAAGCGAUGUCGUGAUCUCUAAAACAGGUCCCGAGGGUCAAGAUUCCAUCAAGCAGGACAUGAAGCAGAUACAAGCGGACUGGAAAUCUUUGCAAGCGCAAUGUUACGAUUCGCAACGUACUCUUGCCAAUUGUAUUUCAAGCUGGUCCCAAUUUACGAACGCGUUAGAUGGCAUGAAACGAUGGAUAGAUCAUUUUCAGAAGAAGAUUAUUGACGAACAGGCAAAAGAUAACAAUACUCCGGACGAUUUAGAGCGUUGCAAGCGUUUAAUGGAGGAGGCGAUUAAACAGAAACCGAUCUUAGAGGACUUUAAUGACAAAUGUGAAGCUUUGUUGGAGAUUAGCGCUUGCAGUUGGGCGCGAGAUAAGACGGUACAAUUGCAGUCCGCAUAUAUGUCUCUUCUGACUGAGGUGCAAGGACUCGUCUCGAAGGUCGAGAAGAAUUUGGCGGAUCAUACCGAAUUUUUGAAAGCCAAAAAAGAGAUGGAAGAUUGGCUACGCACGGCUUAUGGUUCAGUAGAAGAUUGCAUUGGUGUAGGAGACACGGCUUGGGCAAAGGAUAAACUAGAAACCUUGAAGCUGGUUGCGACACGCGUGACGGGAGGUCAACAUCUAUUGUCAACGUUGCAAAACGCCUUCACAAAGGCAAUUAAUAUAGCCCUGCCAGAGCAACAGGAUCAAUUACGAUCAGAUAUGGCUAAUUUACGUUCCAGUUGGGAACAGUUAAGCAUAGAUCUCAAUACGGUUCAAGCAAAAGUAAAAUCGGUUUUGAGUCGCUGGGAAGAUCACGCAGAUGCUCACGAUAAAUUUGUAAAAUGGUUAGAGGAGAACGAGAAUGUUGUAAAAAAUUUUUCAGACACAAAGGGUGAAUUCGGCGAGAUGAAAACAAUGCUCGAACGAUACAAGCACAUACAAGAAGAGGUUCGCGAUAGAAAAUCCGAUUUGGAUCACUUAAUGGCAGAAGCAACGGAAUUAUCAACGUGGGCGAAGAACGACAUGAUAUUGAAUGAAACGAAACAGUUGCUAGAUAGAUGGAAGGCGUUAAGCGAUCUUGUCAACGAGAGGAAAAAGCUAAUAGAAAAUGAAAUACAAGAAUAUAAUGCAUAUCAUGUGGCUCUGCAGGAAACGGAGAAGUGGCUGUUGCAAAUCUCCUUCCAACUGAUGGCACACAAUUCUCUCAUCACCAACAAAGAGCAAACAAUAGAACAAAUCAAACAACACGAAGCGUUAUUAGCUGAAAUCCAGAAGUAUCAAGAAGUAUUAGACGAACUUAAGAUGAAAGGUCACGGUCAAAUAAAUCGAUAUAUUGGUGCAAAUCCCGCUAUUAGAUCGACCAUAGAGACGCAACUGCAGAACGUGCAGGAUAGUUACAAUUCUCUAUUAAAUACCGCUCUGCAAAUCAAGAACCGCUUAGCGGAAUCUCUAGCCAAGUUUCAAGAAUACGAGAACAUUCUAGAGAGCAUCAUGAAAAACCUUGACAUGUAUGAGACUGAAAUGACUCAGGAACUGGAUGCUCCCUUAGAUAACUUGGCGUCUGCCGAGCAAAGUCUCGAAACAGCUCGUACUUUGCACAAUAAAUUGCAAGCCGAGAAAGCUCGAUUAGCAUUAGCAGUGGAAGCUUGCGAAGCUGCGGCGACAUGCGUUUCUAGACCUGGAAGUCCUCUCGAUGCUCCACCUAUUCAAGUUCCUGCGAGAGAAGUCGAAGUUAGAACAAGACUCGACGAUCUCAUCGAUCAGAUGCAAACGCAUUUGGCAAAUGUGAUGAAAACUGUAAGCGAGCUCGAGGAACAGUCACAUCAGAAAAAAGCACUCCGUGCUUGGAUCAAUCAGCAACGAGCUCUGUGUGCCGAAUGGAAAUCACGACCGGCAAAAUUGCGAGCGGAGGCUGCCCAGGCCGAAUUGCAAGCGAUGAAUGAGUUACUCACCAACGUGGGCGAACGUCGCACUCGUGCAUUAACAGAAUUAUCCAUUCACGAUAAGGACCAGGAUAUCGAAGAGGGCUUGAAUAAGUUAGAGGCUGAGCUGAUCGAUGCCAUCGCAGGAAAGCAAGCGGCGCAAGAUUUCAUUCAGAAAUACAGAUCACAAGUGCAAGAUAUCCAAGCGUGGUUUGACAGUCUGUCAAAAAAGGUCGAUGUAAUCGAGAAAGGUAGCGGAUUAACUAUCGACCAAAAGAUCUCGAAUCUCAAAGACAUCACGGCCGAGUUUGAAUCUCAGGGACCGGAGAAACUGGCGGAGGUUAAGAAACUAGGAGACCAAGUAAUGGAUUCGGUCAGCAAUUUGGAUUCUCAGCAAAUCGAAGAGCAAAUUAAGUCAGUAGAAAGACGCUACGCGGAUAUCAGCAAGAAGCUGCAAAGAAAAGCCCAAAUUCUGGAUAUGACAGUGCAAGGUAUCGAAGCUACGAAGCGAGAGAUCGAAGAGAAUCGCGAAUGGAUUGAGCAAAAGAAGCAGCAGGUGAAGAUGCCUGAGCUGCUUGGCUUCGAAAGCAAGCAGGCAGAAGAAAGAAUCCUCGCUCUUAAAGCUAUGCUGAAAGAAGCGGACGGAAAGCAACUGAUCAUAGAUACGCUGGAAAAGAGAGUCGUUAAUAUGCAAAACGAAUUGGAAACUAGCGAGCAACAACAAUUAGAAGCCGAUACGAAGACUUUGCGCGGCGAACAGAUUGAGUUAUGCGCCAUUUUAAGGGAAGAAAUAUCCAUCGUUAGCAUAGCAGCUGAUACACGUCGCAAAUUAGAAUCCGAUAUCGAACAAGCUCGAAAUUGGAUAAGAUCCAAAGGCAACGAUCUAAAGAAACUUAGCGGAUAUUUACCUCUAAGAGCUUCAAAAGUUGAGCAAGAUAUCAUACAACAUAGCAAACUGGAAGCAGAUAUCGAUUCUUUUAACGAAGGCACACUUAAAGACAUCCUUAAGCAAGGACACAACUUACUAAAGGAUUGCAACGCGGAAAGUCGCGUUAAACUUCAGACUCUCUUGGACGAUCUAAAUAAGGAUUACGAGGAGUUAAAGAAAGAAGCGAGGGAAAAGCAAGCCUCCUUGGCAGAUCUUCUUCAGGGUCGCAAAGCCUUCGAGAAUGAAUUUGACAAAUGUCAACGAUGGGUCAAGGAAGCUGAAGUGGCUACAUCUUCCGAGUUACGACCUUCUAGUCUUGACAUUCUCCAUGAACAGCUUGCUAAGUAUGAUCGGUUAAAGAAAGAGGCGCAAGAAUAUGGCGAGGACAUAGAAAAGAUAAAUCAACAAGGAAAAUCAAUCUUGCCGACUGUGAGUGAUGCGGAUAAACAGGAGCUGAGCGAACAAUUGAAGAACAUGAAAGAAGCUCACGGACGAGUGGCAGGUGUAAUAAACGAUAGAGCGAUCGCGCUCCAAAAAAGUAUAGAUGAAGCUGAAGAAGCUGCGGCGCGAGUGGCGGAGGCAAUUCAAUUUAUGGCAGAUAUUCAGAAAGAGCUGCAGGAGUUGAACAAGCCCAUAGGUGCUCGUAUAGAAGACGUGGAAGGAAUGUUGACUGCUUACGAAAAAAUUCUCGACGAUCUCAAAGCGAACAAGGCAAAAUUAUUCGAUCUUCAAUCUACUAACGUUGGAGAUUUACAUGGCGUGCUAGCUCAGCAGGAUGAUCUAAUAAGAGCUCUCGAAGCGCAAAUAGCGAAACUUCGUCAAUUGCUAUUAUUACGACAACAAUUUAUCGCCUUAAUUGCAGAGAUAACUACUUUUAUUACCAAAUAUACUGAAAUUGUCCGUGAUAUCGAAAAAUCUGGGCAAACGACAGAGGAGAAGAUUAAAAGGUAUGACGACGCUAUACUAAAGAUUCAAGAAUGCGAAGCCACUCUUGCAAGCGCGACGGACAAAGGACAGCAAAUAGCGGCGGAAGGUUCAGUCGUGGACAGGAACAACGUGACAGAGCAGCUUCAGUCGUUAAAGCAACAAUUACAAGCUCUCCGAAGAGCAGUAGAGACACAAAGGGAACAACACGAACUGGCGGCAGCCGAGCAUAGAAGACUCGCUAAUGAACUGGCCGACAUCCUCGACUGGCUUGAGAGUAAAGAAAAGGAAGUGAAGUCCAGACCGCUUCUAGCGAGGGAUCCGAACAGCGUCGAGGAAGAAUUGAAAAAACACCAUGCCCUUUGUGCCGAUGUAAAUGAAUAUCUCGAUAAGAUCAGAAAUUUGAAGCAAUCGGUACGGCAUGAAGAAGGAAUGCCUGGAUCAUUGAAGGAAAUGCUAAGCGAGGCAAUGUCUCUGGUGACGUCCUUACCGCGAGAGAUGGAAGAGCGGGGAAAUUAUCUCGAGAAUAAUAUGCAGAUGAGAUUGGAUUACGCCGUUCUUACCGAUAAGCUUCAUAAUUGGGUUCGCGAAGCUGAAAUUCGACUGGAGAGUAACAAGGAGGGUCUCGACUUUGAAAACAUUUUUAAUGAUCUGGAAGAGCACAAGAUAUACUUUAGCACCGAAUCUUCAAUACGUGAACUCGUAUCACAACAAAUUCAACAAGCCGCGGAUAAAAUCUGGCCUUCUUUAGACAGUUACGAGCAAGAGGAGCUGAGUGCUCAGCAACAACAACACACUCAAUUAUUGAAAAAUACUCUCAAUACAGCUAAAUCGCAACGUUCACGUUUGGAACAAGGUGCAGAGAUGUGGAGAGAUUAUACGCAGAGCUUGGAACGUGUUCGUUCUAUUAUUAGUAGAACCAGAUUCACGGAUGAACCGGUCACUACAUUAGCUGGAUUACAAUUCAAUAUUCAGAAAAUUACGCAUGUCCUUAAUGACAUCCAGAAUCAACAAUUUGAGCUAGAUCUUUUGAACGAGCGUGGACAAGAGGUUCUUCAACUUGCAGACACCAAUAAUAAAAAAGCCAUAGAAUUGCAGCUUUCAGAGAUCAGUUUAGAAUGGCACGAAUUAAUAUCAGGUUUUGAAGGACGUAGGAAUGCUCUCGAUGCGCUUUCACAGCAUUGGGAAGAUUUGGAAACACGAUGGGCUCUAGUCGAAACGCGAUUAACUGCAAUCGAGGAGAAGAACAAACUUAUAGAUACAGUGAUACGAUCGAAGCAACAUUUGCUUGAUACCGUUAAAGCAUUAGAAGAACUCGUGACGGAAACUGAAAAACUUAAACCCGCAACGGAAGAAGUGAGAAGCUUGGCAGGAAGUGUGCUCGCGUAUCUCGCAGCGUUUUCAGAAGCGUCGGCACGAAAUCUCGAGGAACGCCUCGAAAAAUUACAGAAAUCCACCGACUUACUCGUUGGCUCGCUUCGUGGCAAGUCCGAAAAGGCGAGCGAAGAUUUGGAAGCGCUCGAGAAUAUCGAGCGUGAAAUCGAGCGUUUGCGGAAACGAUUGAACGAGGCGCGCGAAAGCGCCUCGAGCUUAUACGUUUACGGCAUUGAUCAAGACGCAAUCGAGGCUGAACUAGGCGACUUGCAUUCGCAAGUCGAGGACUUCAUCGACACCGCGAAGAAGUUCUCAGGAAGCAUUAAGGCGCGGUACCAAGCUAGCCAGCAGCUGGUACCGAGCGACAUUACCCAGCAUCUGACUGCACUCGAACUCUGCGCCGAGGCGACAGCACAGGCGAUGGAGGAAAAGCAGAGAGAGCAGAAACGUGCCAGGACCACCAGAUCGGACUAUCUAGCCGAUGUGGACGAGGUGCAGGCAUGGAUCCAGCAGGCUGAACUCAAAGUACAAAACAGAUCGAUCGAACCGGCCGUCCUCAGGGAGCAUCUCAGACAGAUACAAAAUGAACUGGGCACGAUUAGCGACAAGCUCGAACGACUGACGAAAAAUGGGCAAACCAUCAUUAAGAACACGAGGGAUGACGCUGAGAAGGAAUUGAUUAAUAGCACAAUCAACAAUCUCACUGAACAGCUGGCGCAGGUCAGAAGCUGGCUGGAGGAGAAGAAACAAAUUGUGGGCGACACUCUAGACGCCUGGCAGAGGUUCCUCACUCUUUACGAGGAAGUUAAAGCAUGGACGGAGGAAAAGAAACAAUUUCUAGUCGAGCCGCUCAAGCUCAGCACUCUUGUACAAUCUAGACAGAGACUGCACGAAUAUUCGACGGCGGUCAAGAGCUGCAAGCAAGUAAAUAAAAAUCUUAGCGAUAUGAACAGAGAAUUAGAAAAUAUCGGUCAGGUAACUAGCGUAGGCGAUUUGCCGGAAAAGUUGGCCGAGGCAGAAGAGGGCAAAGUACAGGUCGAGGGUCAGCUAUUGGAAAGGAAUGCAUUGCUGCAAGAGGCUAGUGAAGAAUGGGAGCAAUGUGAGAGGAAGAUGAAGGAUGCGCGAAAUUGGAUGGAGAAGGCCAGACAGACAUUGGAAUCGCCGCAGAACAAGAAGAAGUCGUUGCGCGAUCAGCACGCGAUCCGCGAGAAAAUGCUUAGCGACAUCGCGAUCCAAAAGACGAAGAUCACAAUCUCGGUGGAGAAGCUCGAGGUGCACUUUAGGUCCGGUAUCGGCGGUGAUAACCGAGUUAGAAACACCGCUGACGAUUUGAUCGCCGAGCUCAACGCUCUUCACAAUACCGUCAAAGAACAAACGAGUUCUUUAGAAGUCUGUUUAGCACAGAUAGAUCAAUAUCAACAGGAAAUUCAACAAUUGAGACAAUGUAUCGUGCAGGUGGAGCAACAGCUGAGAACAGUACUCAGCCCGACGUACAUGACAAAUGAUCGAGAAAAGGCUUUCCAAGAACAACAGAUGUACCGCGAGAAAAUCAAAUCCUUGCAAAGUAAAAUCCAGGCGCGUACCGAAAGAUCUAAGCUUCUCGUGCAACGAGGGACACCGGAUAUGGAACCCUCGGACCUAUGAUAAUAAAGAUCUAUUGCCGUUGGACCGGUUCUGAUUGUCGUUAAUUUUGAUUAUUAAUUAUAUCGAAUUAUCUCGCUUGUCUGAUCUUAAGUUUUUUUAACAUCCUUAUUUGCUACCUUGCUCAAUCGAAGAAUAACGAUGACGAUAGUAGCCGCGUAUCAAGUUCCAUAUUUAAAACUUGAUCAAAAUCAAUAUUAACGGCAAUGAUAAACUAGUGAAAAACAAUGUGAAACUCUCGUUUUCGUCGUCGGCGUUCCUCGAUAAAAUUCAAGCGAUUAUGUUUUUAAUGUCACAACUUUUCUAAGUAAGAAUUUUUAUCGAUCAUUGAUUUUUUCUAAUAAUUAUCGCACCACGAGAUUUUGAACGGGAUUAUACUAAGUAAGAAAAAUAAAAGUCCUGUUUAUUGCCAAUCGA